CACCCGCGGGGGGUGAUGGAUUCACUGUUGGUUUCCGCCAGCCUCGAGGAUGAGGACUCGUCUGCAGGUCACCAGAGGAGCCUUCCUCAGGGUUCCGGCCUCAUCCCUAAGAGGAGGAGCUCGUCCAGGUUUAUAAAGCGUAAGAAAUUUGAUGACGAACUAGUGGAAAGCAGUCUUGCCAAAUCCACUAGCCGUGCCCGUGGACCAAGUGGUGGGGAUCAAGGACGUUUUUCAGGCAGCGAACCCUCCUCAAGUGAAAAAAAGAAGCAGGUCUGUAAGACUGUCUCUGCUCCAGCUCCACCAUCUCCAGCACCCAGUCCUAGCAUCACAAAACGUAUCAAGAAAAGCAAACAGCCCCUGCAAGUAACCAAGGACCUAGGCAGAUGGAAACCUGCAGAUGAUCUGCUUCUUAUCAACACAGUGCUGCAGACUAAUGAUCUUCAAGCUGUACACUUGGGGGUCAAGUUCAGCUGCCGCUUUACGCUUAACGAAAUACAAGAACGUUGGUAUGCCCUACUAUAUGACCCUGUGAUCUCUAAGUUAUCAUGCCAGGCAAUCCGACAGCUGCACCCUGAGGUCAUUGCUGCCAUUCAGAGCAAGGUGUUGUUCAGCAAAGCAGAAGAGCAGCUAUUAAGCACAGUGAGCUCUACCUCUCAACCCUCACUGGAUUCAUUCCAGGAGUUGCUAAACAAACACCCGGAGGUGUUCUAUAUGUCACGCACAGCCAAAUCUCUUCAGGGUCACUGGCAGCUUAUGAAACAGUAUUAUCUUCUGGAUGACCAAACAGUCCAGCCAUUACCCAAAGGUGAUCAAGUACUGAACUUCUCGGAUGCUGAGGAUAUGCUUGAUGAUAGCAAACUCAGAGAUACACGGGAUGAAGUUCUAGAACAUGAACUGACAGUUGCUGACCGGAGACAAAAACGAGAAAUCCGUCAGCUGGAACAGGAGCUGAACCGGUGGCAAGUGCUAGUGGACAGUAUCACAGGCAUGAGCUCCCCUGAUUUUGACACACAGACCCUGGCUGUAUUACGAGGACGCAUGGUGCGAUACCUAAUGAGGUCAAGAGAGAUUACACUCGGUAGAGCCACCAAAGAUAAUCAGAUUGAUGUAGAUCUGUCUCUGGAAGGUCCAGCUUGGAAGAUAUCUCGUAAGCAAGGUGUUAUCAAACUGAAGAACAAUGGAGACUUUUUUAUAGCCAAUGAGGGCCGUCGAGCUCUUUAUAUUGACGGUCGUCCUGUACUGCCAGGCAGUAAAUGGAAGCUCAGUCACAACUCAGUGGUAGAGAUCUCUGGGCUUCGCUUUGUGUUCCUGAUCAAUCAGGAUCUUAUCGCUCUUAUCAAAGCAGAAGCAGCUAAAAUGAUCCAGCCAUGAGGAGGAUGGCAUUGUAUAAUCUCGGAGUGUAAAGAGGGAGUAGAAAGAAUGCACAAGUUUAGUGCACAGAAACAGCUGUUGAGUGUCCCCUCCCCCCCCCCAAGAAUAUUGUUGGUUGCUUCCUGAAAAGAGACUGAAUAUAUUGUCAAUAUGACAGAAAAGAUGACUUUGUUACAGAGGUUCCCUGUUUGUUGUAGAUAGAUUCUGCCGGUUCACACUCAUGUCAGGUGUUUUAUAUUAUUUAGGGUAUUUUUUAUGGUUGUUUCAUUUAUUAUUAUUAUGAAUAUUUGUUAUCUGCGCUCUAAACAUAUUAAAUUAACCAUGAUUUAUAAA